ACUUCAUGUAAUUCAACUGCGCUGAAAACCCAAUUGCAAAUAUCGAGUAAUUUGAAAAAAUGAGCGACGAUCACCCAAGCGAAUUGGCGUUCGAGGCUUUCAUACGUAUUUACUACGAGCACUUUGACUUUCAGCGUUUUUGUUUCGCUAAUCUGUAUCAUAAGAUGGCGACCCUUAACUUUGGCAGUGAACCGAUACAUGGAUCUGACGAAAUUCAACACCAGAUUAUGCAGAUGCCACGGACGCUUCAUCGCUUAACAGCAGUCAUCUGUGAGUCUAUAUCCUUACAGGAAUAUACGCACAAGAAGCUAUAUCAUUGCAAGAUAUCCGGUAGAGUAUUAUUUUAUAAUGAGGAGCGGAACUUUAAGCAGAAUUUCGUAAUCUUAAUUGGCAAUGAUAAAUGGAAAAUAAUAUUAGAUUCUUAUAGCCUCGAGCAGGUGUACAAACAAUCGGAAUAAAGUA